AUGGCGGACGAGGGGCCAGAGCUGCGCCCCAGCACGCAGGCGCAGCGCGACACCACCCCAGCCGGGCGCGCGCGUGGCGAGGCUGAACGGCUGGCUGCUCGAGCCAAGGAGGACCGCCUGCGCAAGGGAGGUCCGCCACCGCCGUUCAAGCCCAAGGGAGAGCGGCCGCCGCCGGAACCUGAAACCGAGGGGGAGGAAGAACAUGAGGAGGAGGUGCCGGCAAGGAGAAGGCGGUCUGCGCUGGGGGAAGAUCCACAGGAACCCCAUGAGGUUUGCCUGGCCCCCGCUUUCCAAGAAUAUCCCCCAACGGACGCGCGCUAUCAGGGACUCGAAGGCAUGGACCUGGUGGGAGUGCGCGAGGAGCUGUUGGAAGACCCGCGGGUGGGACCCAUCCUAGUCUACUUCGCCGAGGAGGCGGGGCCGUCAGGCACCGCCGGCGACGGAGAGCCAGAAGACGCGGUGCAGGUCAAGAAGCUGCAAGAGGCCUAUGACAUGGCGGCAAAGGCGCAGGAGACGCGGAUCGUGUGGGACAAACUGGACCAAACUCUCAACAAGCUAGAAGCUGCGGAGGAGGCGGCGCUCCAGGGCAAGAAGGUGCGGCGGGGGCGCAAGGGACGGGACCUCGAGUUCGACAUGAAGCUAGUCCCCAGGGUGAACGUCACGGUGUUGCCAGACGAGUACGCCCAGAUGUUCACCACAGCGGGGGUGGAGGAAGUGCCGGAGGCCACCCUGGCGAGUGACAACGACGACCCCCUCACACCCCCUCCGCCCAGAGCCGAAGCCCGCCAAACCCUUGAAGAGAUGUCCAUGCCCGAGAAAUUCAUCUACGAGGCCUCCGCCUACAUGGGCUCCGACCUCAUGGACCGCCAUAUCCCGUACCACGACCCCAAGCCGCGCAAACCGAAACCCCAGACGGAGGAACCGCCGAAGUCCGAAACAGUGGAGAAGGUGCGCGCACAGCGCCAAAUCCGCGGGCGUGCGGCCGCUGCUCAGAGGACGGGGAUCGGGGGCGCAAAGAAGCGGGCGCAUCCAGUCAAGCGCAAAGUAAGCAAGGGGUCUGAACCGGAUGACUCUGACAGCGAGUCGGGGGAUUCCAUAGACGACUUCAUUGUGCAGGGCCCAGAGAGGGAGGACAGCUCCUCAGCCGAGAGCUCCUCCGAUGAGCCCGCGCAGCAGGCCAAGGGGAAAGCCGCAGCGGCGAAGCCCUCGCCGGCAGAGGAGGAGAUGGAGAGGGGGCUGGACUACCUGGCGCUUGGUCCACCGCUGCCGGCAAAUGCGGACGAGCCCCCAGACCAAGGGGAGGAGGCAGCGGACGCGCCGGCAGAGGGGACACCACCACCGGCAGAUGCAGAUGCGACCCCAGACCAAGAGAUGGAGGCUGUAGACAUGCUGGCAGGAGGACCACCACCGCCGGCAGACGAAGAAGCGGGGCGAGAUGAAGAAAUGGGCGCCGCGGAUCAGCCGGCAGGGGGGGGGACGUCGGGAGGACACCCAGGAGAAGAUCCCCCUGAUCCAGAGAAGAAGGGGCCGCCGCCAGAAGACGAGGCGACGCCCAUGGAGGAAGAAGAGAAAGAAGAAGAAAAGCAUGAAGAAGAGGUAGCCCAGGAGCCUGAGCGGGCUGAAGCAGAGGAGCAAGGGGAGCCGGCGCCAGUGCCGGCAGAGCAGAGCAGGGGCGGUGAAGGAAAACGGAUUUUUAGAUCUUCUCGCAAACCCCAGGGAACGCGGGCGCGGGGUUUGAACCACUUGACCGUCCUGGAGAGAGGCUUUCUGCGCAACCCGGAGGACCCAUUCGCCCAUGUGCUCAUCACCCCGAGCUGGAGAACCUCUCGCGCCGACCGCAAGAAGGGCCCGCAGUGGAACGAGCUCAAGGACAACGAGCUCCACGGGUACCUCAACCACUGGGCUCACGCGGUGUUGGAGUACAAGCCUGCGAGCAAGAAGGAAGGGGCAGACGCGCGGACCACGGCCUGGUAUGAGUUUGUCUACCAGGCGCUGGCGCGAGUGGGGACAGACUUGCUUGAGCUCUUCCGCCAGCGACGGGAGCAGCGGGAACCCCAUCGACCAGACUUCGCCGAGAUGGUCUAG